AUGGCAGAAGUUUCUGAAACUUGUAGUAGCAGUGGUAAUGAUGUUGAGGAUAGAGAAAUAAGUAUUUUAAGACCUGAAGAAGCAGAUAAUAUGAUUACAAGGUUGAUACAAGCAGUUCUAGAAGUAACAACUCAUCGGCCACUUGUGUAUAUUGAAAACUCAGAAAGAACAAAAAGAAGACGAAGACAAAUACAGUGA